CCUGGCCAAUCCGCUGUCCAGUUGUUGGGAAGGCCGUCGAGGGGCGGCGGAGCCUCGGGAAGUGAAGGCGGACAGAGCCCGCGAUCUCAACCCCAAAGCAAGAUAACCAGCGGCGAGGGUCAGUUUCCAAUGAGCACUCAACAGUUUCCACGACCUAGCGCACCCACAUCAGGCCUGGGAGCAGGUCAGUCUUCCGUCACCAGCAUGCAGAACAGCAGUGGUCCGGGGGUGUCAGGCAACAACGCUGUAACAGCCCCCAACGAGGAGAUGAAUCGGGAUGUGGAGCACUUGCCCCGUGAGCAUUCUAAUCCGAUCCCUUCACUUCCAUUCCGAGAUGAGAAACAGGAGACUGUUGUGGUUCGGCCUUACCCACAGGUGCAGACUCAUGCACAGCCGCUACCAGCUGCACAGCACCAUCUACAGCAGUCUGGGGUGCCUGUAACUCUGGGUGCUCCUCCCACACACCUCACACAAGGCACCCAGCUCUCCUUCCCUGAAGGACUAAUGAAGACCACCCUGAAGCCCCCCUUGCCCAGUCGGCCCAUUGCUCCGGCUCCGUCAUCUGGCCUUGGACAUUUGGCUGUUCCUCCGAAGGUUUCAGGACAUGUGCCUGUUAGCAUGGACGCGAGUGUAGCGCAGGCCUCUGCAAUCCCUGUGGCAACGAUUAGUGGGCAGCAGGGGCAUCCUAACAUCCCUCAUCUGAUGGGUACCAACGUGCAAAUGUCAAUCAUCCGAAACUCUGUUCCAGCUUCGCUCCAUAUUGGACCUUCCACAGCACAGCCACAGAUGUUCUCAUCGCAUGUGCCAAGAGGUGCAGCAGUAGCAGCAGCAAUAUCGAGUUCCAAAGUAACUACAGUUUUGCGUCCUGCUCCAGCACCAUUACCAACAGCUGGAAAUCCUCAGACUGCUGUGCAGCAUUCUCUGCACCUACCUAUACAGUCUCGUCCUCCUUCAACCACCUCUACAGCAAUUCCUCCAGCAGUGGUAGCAACGGUAUCUGCAACACGAGCCCAGUCUCCGGUCAUUACAACAGCUGCAGCUCAUGGGACAGAUGUGGCACACAGUCGACCAGCGCUGACCAUCCAACCUCACCCAUCUGCUGCUACAAUUAGCAUCCAGCGCACACAGCAGUCCAGGGAUACAACAGCUCGAAUUACAUUACCUUCCCACCCUGCAGUGGCUGCCCAGAAACCACAGCUCCACAUUACACAGAAAACAAUGUUCAGUACCGGGACGCCAGUUGCUGCUGCCACUGUGGCACCCAUACUCUCCACAAAUUCAAUCCCCUCUACUACAAGUCAGGGUGCAGUUUCCCAUGCUCAAGUGACCAGCAGUACAAUUGUUAACAUGACAAUGGCCUCUCACACACCACACGCUCCCGUGGUCACCACUUCUACUAUUCCAGUCGCAAAAGUUGUUCCUCAACCAAUAACCCACACGUCCCCACGGAUCCAGCCUGACUAUACAACAGAAAGAGGAAACCUGAUCCCCAUCCCUGGUCACAGGGCCUCGCCUAACCCUGUUACCAUGGAAACACGAACUGAGAACAGACAAGUAUCUAUGCAGUUCCAGUAUUAUCUGCCAGCUUACCCACCAUCGGCUGCCAUUCCUGGCUACUCAACACUGGCACAUACCUUUCCAAUAAGCAGUACAGUGUCUACAAUACGCCAGUACCCAGUUUCAGCACAAACACAGAGUUCCGUGUCUGCAGCAGCCAUUGCAGCUCAGGCGGGUGUGGGUGUGGCCUCCACUGUCCAUCUGAACCCCAUGCAGCUGAUGACAGUCGACACCACCCAUGCACGUCACAUUCAGGGGCUUCAGCCUGCGUCAAUUGGUGCCCAGGGCCUUCAGCCUACUUCAAUCGGUCCCCAAGGGAUUCAGCCAGCUCCACUGGGGACACAGGGGAUUCAGUCAACAUCUAUCAGCACUCAAGCUAUGCAACCUGCACCACUUGGCCCUCAACAGACCACUGAGAACAAACCACCAGCAGUGGUGCUAGCAGAUGGAGCCACCAUAGUAGCGAAUCCUAUCAGCACUUUCAGUGCAACGCCUGCUGUGACCACAGUGAUCCAGACCCACACUCAGAGCAGCAGUACGACUGCACCAGCACAGGGAUCGUCUCCGCGACCCAGCAUUCUACGCAAGAAGCCUGCCUGUGAUGGCUUGGCUGUCCGGAAAAGCCUCAUUCCUCCACAGCCAACAGAGACUACAAGCCCUCGACUAGAUGGCACGAUGCGAACUGCAUCGGGAUCCCCACGACCAGUUGGUUCCAAAUCCAAACCAGAAAUCCACGUUUCCAUGACUGCGCCAGUGGCUGUCGCCAUGGAGGCGGUCAGCAGCCAGAGUAUGGAGCAAAUGUCUGUGCUGGGACAGCCAAAUUCCCAGCAGCCUCAGCCACCAAUCCCAACCCUCAUUGCAGCAGCAGCCCCUCAUGCUCAACCGACUGCGUUGUCAACUGUUACAGCGGCUGUCUCAGCCACGCCUUCAAGCUCAGUCUCCAUGGCCACAGUGGUAGCUCCUCCGUCACAGCCGGUCGCCAUUUCUGUUCCUGUCUCCAUGAGCUCAGCAUUACCAGAUUCUAAAAUCAAACAAGAGAGCGAGCUUGUGGACUCGCUGCAGCCAGUGUCUGUUACAGUCUCGUCAUCACAGCCCAUGUCAGUGAGCUCAGCUGCUCUGACUCCAAUGGUAAACAACCUUGGUCUUCCUGGUAAUGAGCUGCUGCCUGGUGCAUCCCCUCGGAAGAAACCCCGCAAACAGCAGCACGUCAUCUCCACAGAAGAGAGUGAAAUGAUGGAAACAAACAGCACAGAUGAAGAAAAGAACAGCAGUAGCAAGCCGGUUCUCCUCAAAGCAGAGAAAAGGAAAUCACCUCCCAAAGAAUAUAUAGAUGAAGAGGGUGUGAGGUACGUUCCUGUUCGCCCUCGACCUCCAGUUACAUUGCUUCGUCAUUACAGGAACCCUUGGAAGGCAGCAUACCAUCAUUUCCAGAGAUACAGUGAUGUGAAAGUCAAAGAGGAGAAGAAGCCCACAUUGCAGGAGAUAGCCAAUCAGAAAGGAAUUGUCUGCAAGGCCCAGGGUUGGAAAGUGCAUCUCUGCGCUGCACAACUCAUGCAGCUGACAAGUUUGGAACAUGAUGUGUACAGCCGCUUGGCUUCAUUACAAGAAGGACUGAUUCCAAAGAAGAAGGCGGCUGCAGAUGAUGACAUGCAUCGAAUCAAUGAGCUGAUCCAGGGAAACAUGCAACGCUGCAAACUGGUUAUUGACCAGAUCACCGAGGCCAAAGAUACCAUGAUGAAGGUUCUGGAUCAUAAGGAUAGAGUUCUGAAGCUCCUCAACAAAAAUGGCACAGUCAAAAAAGUGUCUAAAUUGAAGAGGAAAGAAAAGUCCUAAAACAUCAUGUUGGAUAGUAUCUGUUUUAAAGCCACUGUAUAGAUGUUUAGUUUGGUAUCUAAAUAAAGCCGAGAUUUGCAGGUGAUGCAUAGGUUCUACAGAACAUGAACAAUGCUGCAGUGUGUCCAGGGGUCACAGCAGAAGAAGCACUCACCUUCCCAAAAGCGCUUCCAUUGUUGGUCAGACAGUGAUAGAUUGAUUUGUAAGCCCCCAUUCCCCUUUGAAAAUCAUGAGUACCUACAAAAAGGUUUUGAUUUUGACCCAAUUUGAAACCUUUGAUACCAAGGAAAUAUCCUCUGAGCUAAAAGACCAGGGCUUCUUCCUCCCGUGCUUUUUUUUAGCCUUUGUUAACUACUUCGAAACAAUAAAUUCACACUAACCUACAGUUUUUUCCUGUUAACUUUGUAUCUCUGGGGUGUGAAUUUUGUACUAAUGGAUUAUCCAUUCCUCUGAAUUAGCGACAGUUCAUUACUUCUGUUGGUUUACAGAGCAAGAGAGGAUGCUAAUUCACUCAUCUCGAUUGGUGACCUUGGUCAGUUGCUGGAGUUAAGAGGGCUGGCUGUGGAGCAGAUGUGAAGAAUGAUUCGUUCCAACACCUACUGUUAGUGAGCAUGCAAGUGCAAUGUAGGUGACAGAGGAAGAAGUCCCCCAGUCAGAGUUUGUGUUCCUCUUCUACAGGUAGAAGAGGUUUGUAUCUUAGGGUUGCUUUUAUGGCUGUCCUUUGUGCUUGUUGAAUGGGACUCUCAGUCCUGAAAGUUCAGUGGUCUUCUGUGAUGACUGGGAGUGACUCAAGCUACUGUUUUCUCAAUGAGAAAAAGAAAAUCCCUAUAAUUUCCAUUGCUUUAAUUUAGGGGAGAAAAAGGUGUUUGCGAAUCAAACUCAUCUGCUGGUGGGCCCUCACUGUAUUGAGAGUUUGGUGUGACUCUUGACAGGAUGUACAACAGAAUUGUAAAUCUGUUACAAAGAAUAGCUUUACACUUUUGGUCUGCAGAGGAAGUCAGUUCUCCGCAUCUCUUGCUAUCUCACCAGGCUGAUUGGAACUGAGUGCUGCAUUGUUUCAGCUGAGUUCUCAGUUUCUCCCCACACCAGAUUCCUAUGCUGGUGAAGUACAGAGUCUUACCAUGUGAUGGUCUUUCUAACAGAACUUUUUAAAAAAAGUGGAAUAACUGAGAUUUUUUAAAACAAAAAUGAAAGCUCGCACAUUUCUCGUUAGACUUGGCAGCAUUUCUUCCUUCCCCACACACCGCUUGCCUCUUAGCGCAGACUCGAUGUGUUUGGUGUUUGACCAGUAGUGUUUGUACUCAGAAGGUUCAGUAGGUAAAGCCUGGACUACUGCUAUUGUGAAGUGAGUUUGUGUGAAAUGUUUGUAGUUUGUGUUGCAGUUUCUUGUACAUAUACACUUGGAGAUCAUUAAUAAACAGUACAAGCUUUUAUACCAA